GAUAUCUCCUCGUCGAUGCUGCGGAUGAGGGCAGAGACUAACACUUCGAUGCCUCAGCUACGCACUGCCUGGGAUCACAAGUCGUGUUGCGUCACAAGUCGUGUUGCCUCGGCGCGGACGAUACCGUAGGUGAGGCUGGGUGAGGUAGAAUACCCCCCUACUGGACGCAGUACCAUUUUGAGAUAAGCGCACUUUUGUGUUUUGAGGCGCACUAGCGCAGCCUACGGACCCUCGCGUGCAAUGAGCUUUUGCAUGGGGACACCCGUGGCUACGGACGUCCCCACGGCGCUGGUGCGAAGUCCGACGGAUUGCGUAGUGGCAAGAACGAGCUGCAGCAAAAUCAGGGGCAGCUGCCCGAAAUUUCGUUUCCCGGCCGAUUCGAGCCACGCAGUGUCGGAGAUCAUCGGCCCCAUGUGCCUCGACGCGGCGGGAGCGUCGCAGCGCAUUGGCAUUGCCUUUAUCCGGACGUCCGCGCGGUUUCGGCGCGCCGUCGCGCGCAUGUCAUUUUCACCUCGACGAGGGCCUCGUCAGGGGGCCGUCGACCGCUGGGGGUCGCGGACCAUCACGUGCCGGCGGCGCCCGGCGCGCGCGGCG